AUGGACCCUGAUACCAUUGCCAACGUUUUGCAACUCGCAGCGAAACUGCAUGAGAUAUUGAUUGUUGCCUCACUCUCGGCCAUCAUGCUGUCCAUGUUCCGCCGCCGUCUCAUGACGAGUGGCGUACGUCUGGGGUUUCUCACCGGCGGCUACCGAGCUGGUGAUUUGUACUAUCUCGGCACAUCGGCAUUCAGGCGUCAUGGUCUUCAUCUACUGCAAGGCUGGGACCUUUUUCUUGCCUCUUUUCUCGUAUUCACGACGGUUAUGUCGACAGUCGUUGGCCCAGCAUCGGCAGUUUUGCUUGUCCCUACCUUGGGAUGGUACAACUUUACCGGUUCCGGUUUUGACAACGAUGAGCUACAGCUUGCGUCUUAUGUCACGGCAAAAUACGCCUCUUCCAAGAAACCGCCCCCGGUACAUAUGGCGGCUUACCAAUGCGAGAAUUUCGAAGGCGUUUACCAGGAAGGUUGCCCAGCGGCGGGCUUCUCGCAGAUAUCCAGCUGGAUUUCCAGCUUCGGGUCGACAGACCUCACUAAUAACCUUACCUUCCAAUCAACAUCAUCCGAUAUCCGCCGGCAUCUACUAUCGACUCAGGACGAGCCCUCCAUUAAUUCAGCUACGCUGAGCACAACCCCAGCGCAUCAUCUCAUGGCAAGCAUCGGCCUGUUCCAGAAAUACAUCGACAAUGUCAAAAUUGGUGCCAUCUCGGAAGAGUCUCGUUACCGCCUCAUUACCAGAUCGUCGUCUCACGGCAAUGUUUCGAUUUCCCUUCAUCAGCCGUUUGUACAGUCCAAAUGCGAUGUAUACAACAAGAAAACGCUUUGGGAAUCAAAGGACAAGGCUUACUACCCUGUCGACUUCAUCAACUGCUACGGCAAUGUCGACUGCGAUCGUGUCAAAAAGCACGGGAAAGCGUACGCUCGUCCCAUAAUGACUGACCCGGCGUUUGAUGAUGACUCGCUGAUCACAAACUUCAUGACUUGGAACCCGAAAUACAACAUCUCAGUUGUCUUCUUGACCGGACAGCUCCCAAACUCCACAAUAGUGAGAGACAAGAAGGUGGAGGAGCAUCUCAUCUACCUCUGCACUCUAUCCGCCAGCUGGGCCCCUUCGACUCUAUCCCUUGACCCAAAGGUAAGCGACGUCCUCCAGUCUAGUCUCGAUCACGAUUCCAUGCGCGCCUUGUACCGUAACGUUCAGACAAGUACUAUGCAAAAUCCAAACGUCCACAGCAUCCCGCUCUCGAACGAGUGGCUCCAUCAUCUGAACCCUUCCUGGGCCUUCGCCGACAACUCGGCAAACACGACGGCGCUGUCCCGCAUCGUGUCGACCUUCUCCGCCAAGGACAGCCUUAAUGGCACCACGCGAUUCCUCUUCGCACCCGUGUCAAGCGUAUCAAACGAUACGGCUGCCGAGGCUCUCCUCGCCAAGGUGUUUGGCGUGUUCCUGACCGAGGGUCUCGCGCGUCUAUAUUUUGGCGCCACGACGGGCGUCAUCACCAAGAAGGACGACACGGAACUGGCGUUUCUCAACUUCAAUCAGCAACACGGCGUCAAGAGCGGGAGUUACAAGUUCACGCCGUUCAACGCAACACAUCACCGCUUUGAGUAUAGAGGCGUGACGACGGUCGCCAAGGACUCUUUCGAGACUGUAAGGAAAAGCUUUGAUACCACGCUCCACAUUGAUCUGCACGCGGAGAGAUUCGGGUACGGCACGGGGCAGCAGCGCGGCACUCUGAUGUUUGCGCAAAUCUUGAUGUACAUUUACCUGGGAGCCGUUGCGGCAUACGGCACCUCGAUUGCGGUAGGAUGGGUACUCGAGUAUUUUGGGGCGGUAUUCAGGGGUAAGCGUUUUCAUAUGCUGAGUGUGGUCCCUUGGGCAGAUUUGCAGGAUCUUGUCAUCCUCUUGCUGCAGACGCCGCCGUCUUGUGACGAGAGUAUGAAGCAUGCCAGUGUAGGGGCGACAUCUUCCAAAGUCUGGGAGAAGAUUGUUAGGUUGAAGGCGGAUGAUGAGCUCAAGAUGACUUUGGUGUUGGAUGAAGCGGACGAUUCUUUACCAAUCGAUCAGACAGGACGGCAUCGGUACUUUUAG